GUUGUCUUUGCACUCUUUCUAGAGUCUUAACAUCUUUUUUACAUCUGUAAUUUUAAAUCUGUAAUUGUAUGGGCAUAAAUCAUUUUAAAUCUGUAACCAUUGGGCAUAUAUAUGAUGGGGAAUGCAAAUUUUGCACUUCCACACUCACAACCCCUCCAGAAUCAGUCCAAAAUAUGCAUUUUUCUGUUUGGGUAUUCAUCAUAGUAAUGGGGUCAUAUCCAGUGGAAUAUUUGCAUUUAGCAAUGAACACUUUAGGGCUUUUAAACUGGGGCAGCAGAUUGUCAUCAAUUCCUUUUUCCUAUUUAAGGUCCUGUCCCACAGUACAGAUUCUGAAUGGCAGAGGCUGAUUCUCUGGAACAGAACAUAGCAAGGAGAAUUCUUUUAGGCAGUGAUCAGCAAAAACUGGGCAUCGCAGUUGCAAGCAAAAGCACUUUCCACCCUUAAAAAAACCACCCACCGAACACAACCCGUUGAGUUUUCCAAGCAACUGCAGGAAGAAAAUUAAACCGGGGGUGGGGGGUAUUUAUUUUUGAAUCCCUUUCUUUGUGAUUGACCACUUGAUUAAAGAAAUACAUGGCACAUUUCCUCGGGUUCCUAAAAGUUAAGUUGGGGACAGCGUUAAUUUUAGUUUUGCCUCACUGCAGUCCUAGAGAAUUUAAUCCUUUUAUUUCAACCAUCUGUUCCCUUUGCUAUGUUAGGUGGGGAGAGUUGGGGGGGGGAUGUAGUUAUGCUCUUUUAAGGCUUCUUUCGUUGGCUGGUUGGUUGGUUUUCAUCACUGUGGGAGUUUAGCAAGAGAAAAAAGAAUCUGUUGAGGUCCAAAUUUACAUUUGAGGCAAUAAGGAUCUGGGGAAAAAAAAGAGUUCAUACAUCUAGAAGAAAUAUGCAGGCAGAAAGCAAAGCACAGUGAGCCUCAAACAAACAAGUGGUCUUGGGAAUUUAGAACAGUGUUGUUGAAUCUAUGAUGUGUGUCAAAGGUGAUAAUGCCACGUUUUUGGGUGAGAAGCCAACUCUUCCCCUAAGCCCAACAACAGCUAUUCACCAAAGCACAUCGUGUUCUUGCCUGAUUUUCAGAGGCUGCGUGAGAAUGGGUGUGCUCUCACACAGCCUCCAGACUCUUUGGAAGUUGUGCGAGACGGCUGUGGUCUCGUGCACAGCCUCCCAAAAAUUGUGUGAGAACCAGACAAGGGUUUUGGGGGCUGCAGAAGCCACUUCAAGAAAGAAAACCUCCCGCAACCUGGAGCUGCCUUGGUUUAGGACGCAGAGCCCUGUUAACAGAAAGGGAACACCGCCUGAAGAAGUGCGUAUCCUUGUGAAUUCCCGUGAUUCCGUGAUGGCUACACUAAUCAUCUGGAAUGGAGAGGAAAAUCCAGGAGUUUCAGUGGUGGGUUCCAGAUCCCGUGACAACCGGUACACUGCAAUGGGGCCGGGCGUCAACCACGUGCAUGCGCACUGCACACACAUGGGCACCACCACCCUGCGAUGCUCCAGCUGCUCGGUGGAGCAUCACGCAGGUGCCGUACGCUGCAUACGCGUGUUCAAAUGGCCCGGUAGGGUCAAAUACAGGAGGAGGCUUUGCGGCAUCUGAAGGAAAACAUCCAGAUUCAGCCACAGUUUUGUCCCAAACAGCAUCAACCCUGUGUGCUCUCAAGUUUCCUCUUUCAGAUAUGCAUUCAAGAUGGACAGUGAUUAAUAUUUAUAUGUAUUUUAUAUGUAAGGGUGUAGGUAUAUACAUAAUAGUGUAUACAACAUGUGUAUAUAUGUGCUAUGGGUGUGUACACUUUUGAGAAUAGGCAACAGAAUUUCAUUUUUAAUGUGUGUGCCCACAGUAAAAAAUGACAAUAAAAGUUAUUGUAUGUA